CGAGAGGAUCUUGCUUUGACCUAGGGCCUACUGCAAGUGCCUAUUUGCAUAAACCGCCGCCGGCGGCUGGCUUAGGUUCUUCAACCAAGAGAAAUGGACGGCACCGACAGGGACGGUGCAAAAGUUCAGUUUACGAACCUGGAUGGCGUCGUUCAGCCUCCAUACACUCCGCCACCUCGCAAAUGGACGUGCGCAAGGGUCUGUUCUGUCGCGCUGGGCACCACGUACAUGGUCCUCCUCACAGCGGUCGCCGUGAUUGCCUUCAUCUUGGGCUGCUACAGCACGGCUAAAGUUCGCACCCUAAUCGAGCCUGCCGCUGUUCUCGUCACCGACCCCCGCGCCGCUCCUGGGUCGGGCUACUCCGUCUUUUCGCUGGGCACCGGCUUGGGCUACUGGAGCCCUGUCACCGAUAUGGAAUUCGCCAGGAGUGACCACGGGGUCAUCGCGUACGGCAAGUACGCGUACCUUGUGGGCGGUCAGGGCGCCGAUGGUUCCAUCUUGAAGCGCCUGGUUCGGUACGAUACGGAGACUGGGGAGAUGAAGGAUCUGAAGGACAUGUUGUGGCCCAGGUAUCGCUUCGCGUACGCACUCCUGAACGACAAGAUAUACGUUAUGGGCGGCAUGGACUCCAACGCCACCGACGCUGGCCCGCUGGAUACCGUCAUGGUGUACGACAUCAAGGGCAACAACUGGACCCUCACCGGGCAGCUCAACACGAAGCGCGUCGACGCCACUGGCGCCGCGGUGAACAACAAGGUGUAUGUGUUUGGCGGCUAUGACGCCAGCUUUGUCAGCCUCGCCACCAUUGAGGAGCUGGACCCCUUGUCCGCUACUCCAACUGCCGCGCCUACGUGGACGCUUCUGGGCAACACCAGCAACCUCAUCACUUCUCGUGGUGACGCUCGCGCUGUGACCCUGGACGGCUCCAUCUACGUGGCUGGCGGAGUGGAGUACUACAUAAACCCCAACAAAUCGUGCGAAGGAGACUUCUGGAUCUACUGCUACCGCUUCCUGAAGAGCGUGGAGAAAUUCAACGCCACCACCAAGACCUGGUCCGCUGUGGCCAACAUGAUCAACC